UUCAAUUUACCACCUUUAAUCAGACUGCUUAAUUUCAAAAGUGUUUGUGUUACAAACUCCCCCUCCCAUCCCUCUAAAUCUGGUCUUGUGAACAGUGUAAAUUUUUUAGACAAUUAAAGAAGUGUUUCUGUAUAUUAUGGGAGUAAGGUUCAGAUAAUCUUGGGUGGGUUAAAGUAUCCUACUGAGUAAUCUGGACAAGGGGAAAGUACUAAAGAUUCUUAGGGCAGUAUGAGAUAAACUCUUUCUUCAUGACUUCAGAAGUCUGGUUACUCAUUUACAACCAGGAUAAGAUAAAUGUUCAAGUAACUAGAGAAGUUCUAUACACCACUUGUAAACCACUUGGGAAGUUUUUAUUCUACUACUGAACCAUGUUCCCAUAAACAUUCGGUUACCUCUAAACUUCCCACAUCUGGAAGAGAACAAGCUGUGGCAUCACACCAUGCUACCCCCUCCUAUGUCCUACUCACUCCCAAAGAAUUUCUCCUUUAAGCGACUAGAACAUUGGCUGCUUACUCACACCAGAUUCCUCAGGAUUGGCUGGGACUGCAAAUAAACUCUGUUUGCCUAUAGUCAAGUUGAUAAGCUGCAACAUAAAUGCACACAAAUUCCCAGUCUUAAAAUAUAACAUGAAGCAUUUGCUAUCUUCUUCCCUCCUAUUAUUUUCAUGCGAGACCUGAAGAAUAAACACUGUCCUUGGCCAAAAGAAAAAGGUCUUUGAAGAGAGAAAAAAACUCUAAGAUGGGUCUACUGAGUUCUAAAAACCCACAAACCAAGCAAGCCCAGAUUCUUCUUCUGGGACUUGACUCAGCUGGGAAGUCUACCCUCCUUUACAAAUUGAAGCUUGCUAAGGAUAUCACGACCAUCCCAACAAUAGGUUUCAACGUGGAGACGAUCGAGUUGGAAAAGAGUCUUUCGCUCACGGUCUGGGAUAUUGGAGGACAGGAGAAAAUGAGAACCGUGUGGGAGCACUACUGUGAGAACACCGAUGGGCUUAUGUAUGUUGUGGAUAGUACAGACAAACAGCGGCUGGAAGACUCCAGGAGAGAGCUGAAGCACAUUUUGAAGAAUGAACACAUUAAAAAUGUGCCUGUUGUUCUAUUAGCCAACAAACAAGAUGUGCCUGGAGCUCUGUCUGCUGAGGACAUCACUAGAAUGUUCAGAGUGAAGAAGCUGUGCAGUGACAGGAACUGGUAUGUGCAGCCCUGCUGUGCCAUCAGUGGGGACGGGCUGAUGGAGGGGUUCAGGAAACUGACCGGAUUUGUGAAAAGCCACAUGAAAUCAAGAGGAGACACCUUGGCAUUCUUCAAGCAGAACUGA